GUAACAUCCUGUAGAUCUCCAAGGGGUGACCGUAUAAUUAAAUUAGAGAGACCAUACAGCUCCUUAAUGCAAUUAUACGUUGAAACCAUAUGACUUACCCAUUCUACACUACUCGAUAGAAGGCGGCCGCGCCACGAUGGAUGAAGAAAGGAAAAUAGUAAAACACGGAGGCUUUCGAUAUAAUAAUGGAACGAAAUAUGUUGGCAACUGGAACGAAAAUGGUCACAAACAAGGCGAAGGACAUGAAGCAUAUUCCGAUGGAUCUCGUUAUGAUGGUGAAUAUGACGAAGGACUCUUCAAUGGUCUCGGGGUGUUAGUAUUCGCCGACGGCGCAAAGUACGAAGGAGAAUUUUUUCAAGGCUGGUUUCAUGGUAGUGGUAUUUUCUGGAGAGCUGAUGGAAUGCGAUAUGAGGGAGAGUUUCGAGGUGGCAAGAUUUGGGGUUUAGGAUUAACCACAUUUAAAGAUGAAACAAACGGAUUUCCGCGCUAUGAAGGAUUUUUCAAAGAAUGCAAGCUAAUUCGCAAGACAAAAUGCCCUGAGGCAAUCCAAAAAGCGCAGAAAGUUGCAUUUAUGGCAAGAACGCAAUAUGAUAACAUAACUGUGUGAAAAUUUAUCAAUAAAAAGUUUGUGUAAAGUUC